AUGGGCUUCACAGAGUUCGCCUACUUCGCCUCCAAACCCGGCGUGGCCUGGCCAGACCCCGACACCCCGGAGGGCGCCGAUAUCAAGCACAUGCUCGAGACUGCCUCGAGCCAACCUGGUGCUGGUCGUAUUUACUGGAGUCAUUCCAUUGAGAACCCGAACCAGAACUGGCUUUUCCUCGACUGGGAUAGUGUAGAGGCUCACCUCGCCUAUCGCACGGUCCCUGAACAUGAAGUCGUUUCCAAGAACAUGGACAAAUACCUCGACUUCCAAGACGGCUACAUCAAGCACGUCGUCACGAAGCCCUGGCCGCCAACCAUCCUCGCCGAGGCGCCCGUAACCGAGGUCCUUACGCUCUUUUUCCCUGCCGACCUCGACGAGGCGGCAAAAGAGCCUCUUAACAAGCAGCUCGAGGAGUUUAAGACAAAAGCGCUGGACACCUCGCCGGAUUUCAAGGGCAUCGCUUAUGGCUGGAGCGUGGAGAACGACGUGCCUGUCACCGGCGAGCCCGGAAAGACUGGUAAUCUGCUAGUGGCCUUCAUUGGUUGGCCGAGUGUCGAGGCGCAUAUGAAGUUCCGUGAGACGGAGGCUUUCAAGGAGAACAUUGGUUUGUUGAGGGGAAUGAAGGAUAUUACCAAGCUGGCUGUGUUCCAUGUGGCCUGUCGGAGCUUGGAAAUGCCCUCGAAGCAAUGA